AUGCAGGGGAGUGCAGCAGCAGCAGCAGCAGAGGAGGAGUCCGCAGCAGCAGCAGCAGCAGCAGCAGCAGCAGCGGGGACGCGGGAGAGCUACGCGGCGGCGUUUCUCCAGGCCGGGAAGGCGUCCGGCGCUGGUUCUGGGUCCAGCAGCAGCAGCAAGACGAUGCAGGAGCAGCGGGAGUCUCUUCCAGUUUUCAAAGUUCGAAAUGAAUUUCUCGCACUUUGCAGAGAACACCAAAUUUUAAUUGUCGUGGGCGAGACUGGCAGCGGGAAGACGACGCAGCUGACGCAGUACCUGCUGGAGGACGGCUACGCGCGUCCCGCAGCAGCAGCAGCAGCAGCAGCAGCAGCGGAGGCGCACCCCGAAGCAGCAGCAGCAGCAGCAGCAGCAGCAGCAGCAGCAGGCGGCAUAAUCGGGUGCACGCAGCCGCGGCGCGUUGCUGCAGUGUCCGUGGCCAAGCGCGUGGCUGAGGAGCUGUCUGUACACCUGGGAGGCCUUGUGGGGUAUUCCAUUCGCUUCGAAGACUGCACCUCCGCAGACACCCGAAUAAAGUACAUGACUGACGGAGUGCUGCUGCGGGAGAGUCUCGGCGACCCCGACCUCGACAAGUACUCCUGCAUCAUCAUGGACGAGGUCGCUGAACACGGACAUUCUGUUUGGAGUGCUGAAGGCGGUGGUGGCGCGUCGGCGGGACUUCAAGUUGAUAGUGACUUCUGCGACGAUGGACGCGGAGCGUUUUGCUGCUUUCUUCGGAGGAGCUGUUAUUUUCAAAAUCCCGGGAAGGACUUUUCCAGUUCAAAUCGAGUUUUCCCGAAGUGUUCCCGACGACUACGUCGACGCUGCAGUCCAGAAGUGCCUCGCCAUCCACUGCAGCACGCCCUGCAAGGGCAGCAGUUUAGGCAGCAGCAGCAGCAGCGGCAGCAGCAGCAGCAGCAGCAGGGAGGAGGAGAGCGGGGACAUUCUGGUGUUCAUGACGGGGCAGGACGACAUCGAAGUGUGCUGCAUCUUGCUGGCACUGGGGCCGCGGGCCCCGCCGCUGACGCUGCUGCCGAUCUACUCGCAGCUGGGGGCGGAGCAGCAGGCGAAAGUGUUUGCUGCUAG